GGCGGCUGCCGGGCCCCGCGCGGACGUGGCCGCGGAAGUGGCUGGCGGGGCCGGGCCGUGCCACGCCGGGACGGGACGGGCCGUGCUGGGCUGAGCUGAGCUGAGCUGGGCUGUGCUGGGCUGAGCUGUGCUGGGCUGAGCUGAGCUGAGCUGAGCUGAGCUGAGCCGCUCCGAGCCGAGCCGCGCUGCCUCCCCGUGCCGAGCCGCAUCUCCCGUGGGCAGCCGCCGACGGAGCCAUGUCGCGGGGCAGCGGGAAGGGGCUCAGCCUGAAGGACAAGCUGGACGGGAACGAGCUGGACCUGAGCCUCUGCGACCUGAAUGAAGUGCCGGUGCGGGAGCUGGCCGCUCUUCCGAAAGCUACUGUCUUGGAUUUGUCCUGUAACAACCUCGUUUCCUUGCCGUCAGACUUCUGCAGUUUGAUGCAUCUGGUGAAACUGGAUUUGAGUAAAAAUCGGUUGCAACAGCUGCCCUUGGACUUUGGCCGCCUGGUGAAUCUGCAGCACUUGGACCUCCUGAACAACCGCUUGGUCACCCUGCCAGUCAGCUUUGCACAGCUCAAGAACCUGAAGUGGCUGGAUCUGAAGGACAAUCCCCUGGAUCCUGUCCUGGCGAAAGUAGCAGGAGACUGUCUGGAUGAGAAGCAGUGUAAGCAGGCUGCUGUCAAGGUACUGCAGCACAUGAGAGCAAUCCAGUCUGAGCAAGAUCAACAACGGCAGCGGAAACUCCAGGCAGAGAGAGAAAUGGAGAAGAAGCGUGAAGCAGAACAGCGAGCAAAGGAGGCUCUGGAGAGAGAACUGCGGAAGCGAGAGAAGGCAGAGGAGAAGGAGCGCAGAAGGCGAGAGUACGAUGCUCAGAAAGCUGCAAAACAGGAGAUGGAAAAGAAAACUAAAAAGGAAACAGUGCACACCCGAAAGCCGGCCUCCAGCUCCCGUCCCCCUCAGCCUGCCCGGCACAAGGCCUCGUGGUCGCGGUCAGUGCUGAGAGUGCUGCUCUUUGUGCUCUUCUGCAUCCUCUGUACCCUGGCUGCCUGCAAGCUGACGGAGCUGCAGCAUCAACCUCUGUGCGUCAGCGUCAACACCCUCUACGAGGACGUGGUGGCUGCUCUGCAGAACCACAAAACCCUGCAGAACAUGCUACAGCACAACUCGCACCAGUGAUUGUCCUGGGUGGGCUCUUGCUUCAUCAGCAUCUCCUUCCACCAUCUACGCAGCCAGAAUUCCUAUGGAAUUGUGUUCUGAUGAAACUGCUUUGAACCAGUCAGCGUUGGUUUGCUGGUCCACUCCACAGAGCAGAGCUAUUGUUCAAACUAUCUUUGUUGUGCAUGUCUCUCAGUCGGCCUGUAACUCCCAUUGUUUGUGCACAUUAACCUAAACUUGUUACCACUCCUUGCCUCCAAGUUGUGUCCACCAGGAUUGUGAGGCACAGGAAGCUGACAGUCUAUAGGAAUGGGAACAAGCAGCCCUCACAUCAUCUGGGUGAGACAGCUGUAGCUCUGAGCUAGAGGUGGAAGGUUUUUAAUACAUAUCCAUUCCUUGCUCUCAUUUCUGUUUGUGCUAAAAGUGGUGGUAUGGCUGUAUGGGAAUAAUACACUAAGGCCACACUCCAGGACCAAUUACAGGCAUGUGGGAUGGCUGUGCAUCCUUGUGUUGGAGCAAAGAGGCUGAUGUGCUAUUGAAAGAAGCUGAAAAUUUUCAAUACAAUAGUUUUCAUGGCAA